AUGUCCACAGUCAAUCAGGAGUUUGCAUACCAGCCUCAGUCUUCCACAGUCGACGAAAGUAGUGUGCCAAAGCCUGGAGUCAGCUAUGGGCAAGACAACAACUAUCAAAUCAAUGAUGACUACACCUCAUCGCAUGACCUGCAUCCAUAUAUUGAUCCCAACGACGACGAAGUGGAACUUGAUGAAAACGGCGUCCUCGUGGACCAACAGGAGCUCGAAAUUGACGAUGGUUUUCUCGAUGAUAUUGGUAUGGACAGUAUCAGUAUCAAUGACGCUGUGCCCGUCGGAGAGAUUCAUCCCAAGGUGAGGAAAUAUCUGGAACGAUGGGACGACCGCAUACAUACACCCGUGCCACAAUGGCGCCACGAAGAUUGCAUCUCUCGGUAUAGAGCCAGACUCAGACACAUCGUUGCCACCCUUUGUUCAUCCGCCAAAAGUAUUGCCGACCCCGAUACACUGAGGGCAACCUCAAGUACCAGGCCAAUGACAUUCAACUGGUGGGCGUUCCUCAGCCGAAUAUCGGUGGACGACGCCACCGACGUUCUCAUCAAUCAUACUCCUGUCACUACACAAAUCAUCCUUGGCAAUGUCGACUUGAAGCCAGAGCAUCUCAAGUUUUUGCCAUUUGAUUGGAGGUACCUACUCUUACACGGGACCUACAUCGACCUGAUCGAAGACGGUUCGGAAUUCUUCACCUAUUCAGGUUCUACCAGAGGACAAAAGGGCUUCCAUGGUCGAUGCUCAUACUACCGUAACAUCAUCAAGAAGGGCAUUCCAAACCAUCGCCUUGAAGAUCACGGUCGUCAUGAAGCACGAUUGGCCAAGGCCGGCAUCUCGUCUUGUGUCAGAAUUAUCAGUAUCUACCAUCCAGACGAACACUUGGACCCAUAUGUACUGUUCCAGCAACUGAUCGGAACUAUCUACGUCAAUGCAUUUUGUACGGCAAAUCCUAAUUCUUUCGCCACAGAAGCCGCACUCCGCAUUGUCCACCAGGCCCGGCCGUCUUUCCACGCCACGUUCGAACCCAAAGGGCUUAAUUCGGCGGUCCAAAUGCUUCAAGGACUGAGUCUAAGAUCCAAACAUGAGAUUUGUGCGAAUCCCGACUGCCAGGCAACCACUACGAAGCAGUAG